CUCGCUCAAUUCAUCAUCUUCUUCGCUGAAGUCCCUCCGCUGCAAUCUCCCUUGCUCCUCAUAUUAAGGGCUUUUCAGGAGUAGGAAACUGGGAUUAGUUCAUAGCAAUGUCAUUACAGUGUACGGGAUUAAGUUUGCUGCCGUUUUCCCAAUCUGUAUAUACAAAGGAUAAUGUAAUAAAAGCUUCUCUUUCAUUUGAUAAGCUUCGUUGUACAAGCCUUUGUUUGCCGAGGUCGCUCUUUCUGGCUGGAAAUUCGAGAAAAAGUAGUUUGAGAGCUUCAAAAGUGGAAGACCUCUUGGAUUGUGAUGAUGAAAAGGAAGGAGUUGAAAAAUCAAACAAGCGUGAUCAAAGUGAUGAUGAUGAUGAUGGGGAUGGUGAUUUUGAAAUGGAUGAGGAUGAGAGGAAAGAAUUAAGGAAGAAGAUUAGACAAAUUGUCGAGAAUAACCCUGAGGUCAAAGAAGAAGCUGAUCCUGAAGAGAGGAGAAAAAAGAUGCAGAAGCUUUUGACUGAUUAUUCCCUUGUUGUAGAUGAAGAAGAUCCCGAUUGGCCUGAAGAUGCUGAUGGAUGGGGUUUCAACUUUAGUCAGUUUUUCGAUAAAAUGACCAUUAAGAAUGUAAAAAAAGAUGAUGACGAUGAUGAUAGUGAGAACGAAGUUAAUUGGCAAGAUAUCCGUGCCGUCAAAGACAUCACUGCUGCAGAAUGGGAGGAAACUGUUUUCUCAGACCUUAGCCCCUUGGUUGUUCUUGUGCAUAAUCGUUAUAGAAGGCCGAAACAAAAUGAAAUGGUUCGUGAUGAAUUGGAGAAAGCUGUGCAGAUCAUAUGGGAUUGCAGGCUACCAUCACCAAGGUGUGUCGCGAUUGAUGCUGUUGUCGAGUGUGAUCUUGUGUCGACACUGGGAGUUUCUGUCUUUCCUGAGCUCAUAUUUACAAAAGCUGGGAAGAUCUUACACCGUGAAAAAGAAACAAGAACAGCAGAUGAGUUGUCAAAGAUUAUGGCCUUCUUUUACUUUGGAGCAGCAAAGCCAUCUUGCCUUGAUGCCUUUGAAAUCAGCAAUGAUGCAAUUCCUGGUUUCACUGUUGAGAAGUAAAUGUAGAGUCUCAUAAUUAUGUAGGAAGUGUUGUAUAUUGCUCUAGAUUUGUUUUCUUAAGUGUAGCCAAUGAGAAAUCCGUCCCGACGAUAUAUACGAGAAAUUCUGGAAAACGUAUAUACCCGGAAGACCAACGGACACGAUGUACAUUGAUCGGAAUUUAUUCUGCUUAUUGGUAUAUGAAUCAACGACCAAGGGGUUGUUUAGCAGAC